AUGGCGGAAUCAGCCAAAUACAGCUUCAAAAAUUCGGAUGUUGAUUCAACACAUCCUUAUUAUAUUCAUCAUUCUGAUCAACCAGGAUAUUCACUUGUUCCAAUCAAAUUAAAUGGAACAAAUUAUCAAUCCCGGAGUAAAUCAGUUAUGCAUGCUCUCAUUGCCAAAAAGAAAAUUGGCUUCAUUGAUGGCACAAUUGAAGAACCGUCUCAAGAUGCAAAUUCAAUCGAAUUUGAACUAUGGAAUCAGUGCAACGGUAUGAUAAUAUCUUGGUUAACUCAUUCAGUUGAAGCAGAUAUCGCUGAGGGUAUUAUUUACGCUAAGACAGCUCGUCAAGUGUGGGUUGAUCUUCACGAUCAAUUCUCACAAAAGAAUAGUCCAGCAAUUUUUCAGAUACAAAGGUCUAUAGGAAUGAUGUCACAGAUUGUACAAGCCUUAUCUGCACUCAAUCAUCGUCCUUUUGGUAAUUCUGAUAAUAACAUCAAUGUUGCAGUGGAGCUACAGAUCAUAUAG